UUUGUUUGGACAUUUAAAUGCGUCGUCCUGAGUACUUCAGGGGAGGUUAAAGCGAUAUCGGUUGAGAAUAUAUUUACUGCGAUUUAUCGUUUCACGGUAACUCAGGUGCAUAUUACACAUCAUAUUGUUACCAAAACCUACUUGAUGACAAAAUAGGAAAUACCUGGAAUAACGACAAAAUGUGACAAGGUGUUACGGACUAAAUCAAUAUGAAGCUCUUUCAGAUUGCGCCUUCUGUAUAUUUCCUCGGCGUGUUUGGCCUUGUCACAUAUGUAGAAUCAACGUAUUAUUGCUCAGGUAGUGGUGAUCCCUGUACGCAGGCCAGUACUCUGUUUGAAAACUACGCUAGAACAGAGAAUUGUAAACAUGACGGUGUUCAUUCGCCUUGUGACAGAUACAUCACGCCGGGAUGGUACGUGACAGACAACCCGAUACUUGACCAGUGUCCAGACCUUCUAAGCUGUGGAGCGGUGUAUCCAGUCUGGUUUAACGGAUCGUUGCCGACUUCUGGAGAUGGUAUCGUCACCGAAAAACUUUGUAAAACUGGAUUCUUUGAUUGUUGUACCCGAACAUAUGACAUCCAAAUAAAGAAUUGUGGGACACAUUACGUGUACUGCCUGCCAGCAUUAGACGCCUGUCCCGAGAGAAUCUGCUUUGGCACUAACGGAUCGUGUGAAUACCCAACUACUACGACUCCCACCACAACUAGCACGAUUCCCACCACGACGACUGAAAGCAAAUAUGUUCCAAGCAAAGAUUACAACGAUUUAAAAUCAAAGUACAUCGUUGCCAUUGUGACAGUUGUAUUGCUUGUGGCCGUUAUAUCCGCUGUCACUGGGGCGAUCAUAUUCUACGUUUACAAAAAGAAAAAACAAGAACGAGAGGUGCGACAAAGCAAAGUUACGCUUCCUGGUAAUGAAUUCGAGCGGUCAUCGACCCCUGUUGAAAGCAAUACUCCCCCUUUCAUGCAUUUCCAGUCCAGUAAUAAACACUACUAACCAGGAUACACAGUUCAUAUAAUUUUCACAGCUGAUGGUGACUUGUGAAUACUCACGAUUUUGUUUUGUACAGCAUAUCAUUUGUGUAUGUAUCAAUUAAAAACUUCAUACUUUCAUACUGAGAGUAGUAUAAUA